CAUUUAGAAAAGGUGAUGAGGGCAGAGCCUGGAGAAGACGUCACUCUUCAGUGUCACAUUCCCACAGAUGCUGCCAUCACUGUGUUAGAGUGGAUCAGACCUGAGCUGGAGGAGGACUCCGUCUUCUUCUUCAGAGAAAACAGGCUGAUGGAAAUCUACCAGGAUCCACGUUAUCGAGGUCGUGUUCAGCUGAAAGAUCCAGAGAUGAAGAACGGAGACGCUUCUGUUCUCCUGAAGAACGUCAACACCGACGACACGGGAACGUACGAGUGUCGGGUUCUAACUCACUCCAAUAAUCGCAGGAAGAGAAACGUGAGAGUGUUUGUGCGCUCUGUCCAUCUGACCGUCUCUGAAGGUCCUGAGAAGUACCUGAAGAAUGGAGACGCCAACGAUGAACAACCAGGGGGUCCCAGAGGACACGUUGGGUUGGGAGUUGGUUUGGGACCAGUUUGUCUCGUUGUUGUUGUUGUUGUUGUUGUUGUUGUUGGUGGACUUGUUGUGAGAUCUAAAAGAGCUAAGGUGAAGAGACCAUUAGAGAGUGUUGAUGUUGAACUGAACCCCUGACACGUCUCAGAGCUCUUCACACCUGACUGUCCUCCAUCCCCUGCUUCUAAUCUAAAUCAUCUUCUCCCUGAAUCUCCACCUCGACGUGGUGGAGGGGCUUUACCCUCUGAGACGCAAACACCUGGUGAGGGUUGAACCAAACGUGACUCAGUUUCUAACUUCAGUCUGAGAGAGUGCAGAAAUAUUCUCCUUCAGUGAUCAGCCAAUCAGAAGGACUCUGCUGCCGAACACUUAGGAUCCACGGUGAAGCCUGUCUUUCCGACUCAGCGCUAACAACAUGGCGUCUGAUCUGGUGUUGGUGUGUCAGAGCCUGGAAGUGAUCGUGAGUUCACAAAUAUCUGAUGCAGUGAUUCAUGGUGAGGUUAUUUAGAUAUCAGCAGGUCAGCUUGAAUCUGAACUCGGUGUGAAGAGGUCUCAAAGUGUGCAUCUAUCGUGUUGGUGAUAUAUUUCAGUGCAAUCUCUAAGUUGUCAGUUC